AUGCAUAAAUACAACGAUGGGUCAGUGAAAGUCGUGUGUCAUGCAUCUCGAUCACUCACCAAGGCCGAGCAAGGGUACGGUCAAGUGGAAAAGGAGGCGUUGGCGCUAAUAUUCGGAGUCACCAAAUUCCACCGCUUCAUUUACGGUAGAAAAUUCACCCUGCACACCGACCACAAGCCUCUGCUCGCCGUAUUCGGUUCAAAAAAAGGAAUUCCUGUGCACACCACCAAUCGCCUACAACGCACAACUGAUGACUUCGGCUAUGCUGACGUGCUUUCCCGGCUCAUUGAUACCAAAAUCAAACCGGAAGAGGAUUUCGUGAUUGCUUCCGUUCAUCUAGAGGGAGAAAUUACUGCUACGAUCGAUGCGGCAAUAAACGUUUUACCAAUCAACUUCAAGCAUCUACAAGCGGCUACAAUCAAGGACAAAACUCUUCAAACAGUCAUCAAAUUCGUCCAGUCAUCGUGGCCCAAGUCAGUGAAGCAGGUUGAAGAUUCUAUUCGUCCAUUCUACGCUCGCAGAGAUGCACUAUCUGUGGUUCGCGAGUGCCUCAUGCUAGCAGAUCGAGUUGUUGUUCCGCAUAUUUAUCAUCAACAGGUUCUCAAGGCUCUCCACCAUGGUCAUCCGGGACAAGAUAGAAUGAAAGCGGUGAUGCGUAGUUACGUCUACUGGCCUGGAGUAGACCAAGAUGUCGAAGACUUCGUACGAUCCUGCCGAGCUUGCGCUGCUGUCGCGAAGGCUCCUACUAAAACUUUGCUGUCAUCCUGGCCCAAAUCAAGUCGUCCUUGGCAACGGCUCCACAUAGAUUACGCGGGCCCAGUUGAAGGUCAUUACUUUUUGGUGAUCAUCGACUCCUAUAGCAAAUGGCCUGAAAUCCUUCGAACUUCAUCGAUCUCCGCCAAAGUGACUACUGAGUUGCUUGUGGAAACAUUCGCACGCUAUGGCCUACCAGAAACCAUCGUGAGCGACAACGGAACGCAGUUCUCCAGUAGCCUUUUUAAAGAACUGUGCGACUCCCUGGGCAUUUUGCACAUUCGAACUGCGCCGUAUCAUCCACAAUCAAACGGCCAAGCUGAACGGUUUGUGGACACACUUAAGCGGAGCCUGAGGAAGAUUAUGCCUGAAACACACAACUCCAUCACACGAUCACUGCAAAUAUUUUUGGCUGCCUAUCGUGCUACUCCCAACAAGUCAGCACCUAAUGGUCUGUCGCCUGCUGAAAUUUUGAUGGGGAGGAAACACCGUACAACUCUGGACUUGCUCAAGCCAGGUUCAGAGUGA